AUGAUUCAUCAGAAAAUGACCAGCGUGGUUCCUCAAUCUAAUGUCUCCAAGCAAACUCAGUACUCCGAUCCGUCUGGUGCAAACGAGUCAAGUGAUACGGGCGUUCAUCCGCCAGUCGCGAGCUCGGACAGCACGAUUAUAGGUUCCAACGGGACGUCGGAGGUUCACGAUGCCCAUUUUGAAAACAUGGAUCUUCAAUGGUCCGAGUUCACCAAUCUUCAGGAGAUACAACAUUUGGAUGAUAUGAUACACAAUCAACAUCUUAAUACUCACGAUGGCUCGUACUACAAUGAUCCAUCUCAGAGGCACCAGGAAUACUCCUCUUCAUUUCACUCAUCUAAUAAACCCAAAGAUUCAGACAUGGACCAACAACAGUACUAUCAAGAGCCCGCUCAAAUUUUCCACCAUGAUUUCUCGGAAGAUCACCAGUCUCACUCAGACAUGGCUCCAACCACCGCCGUGCGGCCGAACGACGUGUUCACCCCAUUGGUGUCCCCUGCGGUGACGCCUUUGGAGCAUUCGACAAACCCUCCAUAUGGAACAGGAUUCCAUCAACCAGGCAUGUCGAACGUUUCUGAGGUCGGGAUGCCGAAAAAAGUCGGGUUCAGUCCGCUGACGUCGCCAGCACUCGAAUUUCAAGGCGGCCGGUUCAUGUCCCAGUCCAAUAACGCAGCCAGUCUACGUCAGAAAAGAAGAGAUAACCAGACUCCUAAUAAGUCUUCUCCAUCAACCAGCGAGGAAGACCAACGAAGAGCAUCGUACAAACGAUCCAAGACUCCUAAUGGAACUCCCUUGUUCGGCCCUACAAACCCAAGCUCGCUGCAACAACAACAUACGGGGUCUUCUUCCAGAAUAAAACAAUCUCCGUUGGCCAAGCCAUCUUCCCCUGUCGUUUCAGGAACGCGCAGAUCUUACAAAACCAAGCCUAAACCAGGCAUGCCGGGCCAAAGUGGAUUUGACAUGCUGCCAGAGUCUGCGACCUCAAACGACUUGAUGCUCCCGCCAUCAAGACCUCCUAUCAAAGAAGAAGACCAUUCAGGAAUGGAUUCCCGCAAACACUCAUACUCUCAGGAACAUGAUCCAUUGAACAACGAAAACUUACCUGCAGCUACUCCUGCCACUAUGAUGUCGUUCAGUCUCUCCAAGAUGCCUCCGAAGAACUCGCCAAGAAUGCUGCCCAAGGAUAAUGUGUUGAAAAACCCCAACCAUGACGCCAAGUCUGCUCAGUCGUCGCCCGUGAUUCUUCCAUCCUCUAAUAGCUUCCUUUUGCAUGAACAUCAACAACUUCCGUCGGCGAUAAUUCCACCACUUCAUAUAAACGGACACUCGAAAUCGUCGUCACGGUCUUCCUCGUUGAAAACGUCACCGGUGAUCCAAAAUACCGACGAAAGCCAACCAAGUCACAGCCCAGAUGGAUUCAAUGUGGGCAAAGCUCGCAGCAAUUCGGUGAGCUCAAACAAGUCUGGUCAAACAGACAGAAAAAUGACUCAUAAGCUUGCCGAGCAAGGAAGACGUAACAGAAUGAACAUUGCCAUUCAGGAUCUCGAGAAGUUCAUUCCGGAAUCUCUUAAGAGCGAGGUGACGGUGCCGUCCAAAGCCACUACCGUGGAAUUAUCAUCACGCUACAUCCAAAUGCUACGCGAGGAAAACAGAGGUCUAUACCAGGAGGUGAUGUAUCUGAAACAAGAACUUGAGAGACUCAAAGGCGGGUCCGAUAGUCAAGACAGUAUCAGUCCUUUCAGAGUCGACGAGCACUAA